AUGGCUGAUUUAUUAUUCUUUUAUCCAUUAAGUUCUAUCGAGCGUAAAUUUCCAUAUCUUUAUGUACUUGAGAUUGCAGGAGUAAAGUCAUGAUUUUUAUAGUGUUAGAUAAAAGUAAUGUGGAGCCAAGGAUUCCCUCUUCAUGAUCUUAUGUAUUUGACAAUUCAAUAGAAACUCAAGAAAGUUAGGUUAAAUGAAUCUAAAGAUUAUUCAUACAAAGAAGGGGAAUACUUAUUUAUGAAUAAUACAGUAAGAUUUGAUUUAUAAUUCAUCAAUCACAUUAUUUUCAAUGAGAUAGAUGUAUUUCUAGUUUGUACUUAAAUGGAUCUAUGUUUACUUAAUUAUUUGAUUAGAUUAAAGUAAUUUAAGCCUUAAAUCAUAUGUACAAAUGCUACUUAUCUUUUGGGAUAACAUUUCAUCAAAGAACUUUAUUAAUGGUCUGAGAUAAGAAAUCGUCAUUUUUAUUCCUUUUAAGAAAAUUAUAAUAAAGAAGAAGAAUCAUUUAAAUAAUUUGAAGAACUUUAUCAUACAAAUUUCUAGGAAUUUACAGAGGCAUUUCCAUUUAAAGAAAUGGAUUGUACACUUGUAAAUUAUGGAUAGAUUGUUAAGAUUCCAUUACUUUAAGUAUUAUAUAAAUGAUAUCAAGAUAUAAGAAGCAAUAUCAAUUGAAGCCUAAUCUAGUGGGACUGGUAUUGGUGAUUCAUCAUAUAUAAUUUCAAUGGGUGAUUAUUUCAAAAUUGUUAUAGCUAAUAAUCUUAAUAAUACUAAUAUAAAUUAUGCUCAUAAAGAGAUAUCAUUAAAAUUGAAAGAUGCUGAUUAUCUAAUUUGUGGAAUUCCAUAAAAUAGAAUCAAUUAUUAAUUUCUGUCUAAAACAUAUGAACUUUUAUAAUAUGGUUUAAAUGUUGUAAUUCCAUUUAAUUCAUAUUAGACAAUAUUAGAUUUAUAAGAUGAAAUGUAAAUAUUAUUAUUAUUAUUAAAAUUAGAGAUGAUAAUUUAUAACAUAAAUGUUUUAAAAUAUUCAUAAUAAGUUAAGAAUUUCAUAAUUACACUUUAAUUGCAAAUUCUUUAGUAGAAUAUCUUAAUAAUAAAUUAUAAGCAAGUAUUAUGAAAGAAAAUCCUUAAAAUCCUUUCAAUAAAAUUCUAUUUCUAAUUAAAGCAUAAAAAAUAAUAGUUGCACCUUCCAUUGAAAAAAUUAAAUUUGAAGGAUUCUCUCUUAAUGAAACUCUUAAAGGGAUUACACCAAGUGUUUUCUUCAUUUUUGAUAGUAGUCUUAGAUUAGCUUAAGCUGUAUUUCUAUUUGAUUUACUAGAAUCAAUAGGAUAAAUGACAACAAUCUAUACUCAAAAAAUCAAUAAUUCAGAUAUUACAUUUGGAUUAUAAUUAAUUGAUCCUGAAUUCUAUGAUGAAAAACUAUUACAUUAAAUUAAAUCCUCAUACAAAUUUUGUAUUGCUAAAACACCUAUCAACAAUAAACCUGAAUUUAUACCAUGGUCAGAUUCAUCUAUUAAAACAUUCCUUAUUCCUGAAUCUACUACCAUAUAAACCAAAUCAUUAGUACUCAAUUAUAAAAUGUUAUAAAAAAUGACUUUAAGAAUCAGUUAAAUUACUAUCCCUAUUCAACCAAAAUUAUAAGGUUAAGGAAAGAAUAUCAUUGGCAAUAUUGAACUUAGUAAUGUUAAAAUGAAUAUUACUAAUAAUGAAGAGGCAGAAUUAUAAAAAUCUUCACCUCCUGAUAUAUAAUAUAUUGUAGGAAAUAUUUAAGAUGAAACUAUUAGAAGAAUUUCAGAAGAAAUACAAAAAUAAUUUGGUCUCUUUCCAUAAUAUUAAUCCUUAUAAAAUAUAGAAUUUAUUAAUAUGGAUAAUGAAAUCUGUGCUAGAGUAGAGAUCUUAUAAGAUGAAACCAAAGUUUAUGCUAAAACUUAAGAUGAUAUUAAGAGAAUAUCUGAUAUUGUAUAUAGAUGUUUAACAAUACGCAAAUUAUGA